AUGUUCUCCAAUUCUCAUAGGACUACAUCACUAGCCGUUUCGCUCUUUGGCGCAGUGUUCAAUUUCGCUCUUGCAGUGCGACUACUAGGAGCUUGGCGGUCAUUCAAAUGGGAACCAGAAAGCGAAUGGGAGAGCUCUGAGUAUUCCAUCAGUAAAGAUGGAGUGCAUCUCGUAUGGGCGUUAUUGUGCGCAUAUUUUGUUGCGGCAUCUGCCAUCUGUCUCUUCGGUCUGGCAGGCAUUGUCCGAGGCAAAGCGUCAUUUGUCCGCAUAUAUCGUGACUACAUUGUCGGAGAUUUCGUGUUUGGCACCUUGUUUGCAGCCAUAGGCUCUUACGCUGCCUUUCGACCAUCAGUUCGCUCCAGUAUUUGCGAGUUGUUGUCACGCCAGCCAGACACUCUUCGGGACUUCAUCGAUUUGGGGCUGACUUUGGAGAACUGUGAACCAUGGUUUGAGCGGGGAAUAUUCGUGUUCAUGAUUGUUCUGAUUGUCAUCACCGUCAUUCGCUUGGUGGCGAGCCGCAAGGCUGACGUUUGUAAUUUGAUUACGCAGCUUCACUUCGUGUUGGCUUUAUCCAGUUACUAUACCAUUCUUAUCAGUCAUCAAGGCUUCCAUUUGUCAUCCCACACACCUCACUAUGAGCGGAUAUAUAUCCUACCAGUCCAUUCAGUGGCAAACAAAGCGCGCUGCACAUCCGACGUCGACCUACAAUUUGUAGACGCCCCCGUUUACGCUCCGGUCCCGCUCACGCAUGUUUCUUCGCAAGUCGCGGAGGAGUUGCUUGCGAAUGCGACCGAAGCAUGGGUUUCUCGAUCACACUCAGGCCAACAUGUACGGCCGCCCAGCCUCUCGCUAGCACGUCAUCAGUCUGUGGACCUCGGUUCGGGAGCAGGUCAGACCGCUGACUUGAUUUCGCUGGAGAACGAAAAGGCAUGA